UCGUACGAAGGCCCCGGCGGGUUUGGGUACAACGUACCCGGUGGCAGAAACCACGUUUCCCAAAAAUCGCACCCCCAGCUUCCCGGUGGGUAUCAUGGUCCGGCAAGGAUGCCCGUCUCUCAACCGGAUGCUGAGACGUACGAGGCUUCCAGCGACGUGAAGGUCAGGAACGGUGCGCCAGUCAACGGUCUCUAUGGUCAAAGCCGUCAAGGAGUUGGACGAGGAAUGGAUUCUGACCGAGGACGAGGCGGUUUCGGCGAUAUUUACGGGGGAAUGGGGGCUCGAGGCAUGGACGAAACAUACGUGAACCCGGAUCGAAUGCGCGUGCAUAACGGACUCCAACGCGGCCACGGAGUAGAAGCAAAUCCUAGCAUCGAAGGACACUUCGGAGCCGGUGGACGGACUUUGAUCCACGAAUUGGAGGACGAAAGCGAUCUUACCGGAGAGUACCUACUGCCCUGCGGAUGGCAGUGCAAAAGAAGCGAGUUCCUCUGCUUGCAGUCCUGCACUUGCAUCCCGUUGAGGAGUCGCUGUGACGGAGAGAUAGACUGCGAGGACUUCCAAGACGAGCUGGAUUGCGACAGCGGGUCAGGAUAUGGAGGAAGCGCGGAAUGCGUAGGUGAAACUAAAAUUCGUUGUCCAUUAUCUGGCAAGUGUAUUUCCAGAGAUUGGCUUUGCGACGGUGACGACGACUGCGGUGAUUUUUCCGAUGAAAGCCACUGUGGGACAUCUCAAAAUUGCACGGAGGACCAAUUCGAGUGCAAAAAUGGCCUCUGCGUACAGCGAGCUUGGCUUUGCGAUGGGGAGAAUGACUGCAAGGAUUUCUCUGACGAAGUCAACUGCACGAAAAAAAUGGAAUGCACAGAGUAUGAGUUCAAGUGUCAGGACGGAAGUUGCAUCUCUUUGAAUUGGCAUUGCGACCAAGAACUAGACUGUAACGAUGGUUCCGAUGAGGUGAACUGCGAAAAAACCGGUGUUAGUUGUGGCAGCAAUGAAUUCCAGUGCGCUUAUCCAAGAUGUGUGCGACACGAGUUCCGCUGUGACGGUGAUGACGACUGCGGUGAUGGAAGUGACGAGAAGGACUGUCCUGGGCCAUCAACAACCAGCUGCAACGUUAAUGAAUUUCGAUGCUCUGGGGGCAAGUGCAUCAGCGAAAAAUGGGUAUGUGACAGAGACAAAGACUGUGACGGUGGUGAGGAUGAGGAAAUGUGCAAUCACCCGACACCUCGGGGAUGUUCACCUCACAAUGAGUUCACAUGCUCCACCGGUACCUGCGUCCCGCGAUUGUGGGUAUGCGACGGAGUUCCUGACUGUCCGAAUGGUGAAGAUGAACAAGGAUGUGCAGUGAGUUGCGAGGCGACCCAGUACUUGUGCAACCCGCCACAAGUAAUCAAUGAUACAUCAAUUGCUGCUACUAAUUCGCCCCAACCAUCAUCGACGCAACACAAUCACCGAUACUGCAUCGCGAUAAAACACGUCUGCGACGGUACAGCCGACUGCCCCGAUGGCGAUGAUGAACUCGACUGUCCGAAGAAGCGCAAUUGCACUGUGGCAGACAAGUGCACGCAGCAAUGCAUCUUGACGGUAGAUAACAAACCAGCCUGUGCUUGCCAGCCCGGGUACAAGUUGGGGAAAGACAAUGCGACCUGCGAAGAUAUCAACGAAUGUGAAUUCGAACAAGAUCCUGUUUGUAGUCAAACUUGCAACAAUACCGUGGGCUCGUUCGUCUGCAGCUGUAUGGCCGGUUACGUCCUUCGACCUGACCUCAGGACCUGCAAGGCCUUAGGGGCAAAUCCGACACUCCUUUUUGCGAACAGGGUUGAUAUCAGACAGGUCAGUCUCAGCAAUUCCAAGUACACAGCUAUCCUGAAGGGGUUGCACAAUGCUAUUGCUUUGGACUUUCAUUAUAAACGAAGCACUGUUUACUGGUCCGAUUUAUCCAUGGAUGUCAUACGGAAGGCAUAUAUAAACGGAACUGGUGCCGAAGACGUUAUUCGUUGGGGCCUGGAAAGUCCAAGCGGCGUUGCUGUCGACUGGAUUCACAAUCUUCUGUUCUGGACUGACUCUGGAACGCGUAGGGUGGAAGUAAUAACUUUAGACACAACAAUGCGGCACGUCCUGAUAUCCAGUGACCUUGACAAGCCACGGGCCAUUGUUGUUCAUCCAAACUACGGAUACGUUUACUGGACGGACUGGGGUCCGAAUCCAAAGAUCGAACGUGCAGACAUGGACGGCUCAGGCAGAGUCGCUUUUGUUACGGAGUCAAUAUUCUGGCCAAAUGGACUAGCGAUAGAUUACACGUCCGAUCGCAUCUUUUGGGCAGACGCGAAGCAUCAUAUUAUCGAAUCUGCUCACCUUGAUGGAUCGGAUAGGAAGAAGGUCAUAAGCAAGGGCCUUAACCAUCCCUUCGGUAUCACCAUAUUCGAGGACUACGUGUACUGGACUGACUGGCACUUCAAGAGCAUAUCCUCUGCGAAUAAGGGGAACGGUGCUGGAUUCAAAACUAUUCAUUCCGGUCUUCACUUCCCGAUGGACGUGCAUAGCUAUCAUCCCCAACGGCAACCAGAGUAUAAAAAUCGGUGUGGUAACAACAAUGGAAAAUGCUCACACAUGUGUCUCCCAAAUAGUACUGGUUACAGUUGCGUCUGUCCUGUGGGGUUGAAGAUUAAACGUGAUGGCAAGAACUGCGCUUCGACUCCUGACAAUCUUCUGAUAUUCGCAAGAAAGAAGGAUCUCAGAUUACGGCCAGUCGAUCAAACUGCAAGAGGAUUCGACACUGUCAUUCCAGUCGAUCAUAUUCAGAGCGCUGUCGCACUUACGUGGGACAGUGAUGAAGAUACUAUAUACUGGACAGACGUCGAAGCAGACACGAUAAGCCGGGCGUACUUAAACGGCACUAAUCAAAGCGUCAUCAUCAGUCAUAACUUAGAAUCUCCGGCUGGUUUGGCUAUGGAUUGGAUAACGCACAAGUUGUAUUGGACCGACGCUGGUACUAACAGAAUUGAGUGCUCAAAUUUAGAUGGAUCGAUGAGAACUCUAUUGGUGUGGAGGGGGCUUGACAAACCGAGGGACAUCGUGGUAGACCCGACUGUCGGAUAUAUGUACUGGAGUGACUGGGGUGAAAAACAGAAAAUAGAGAGAGCCGCGAUGGACGGUAGUGACCGCAAGAUUCUCGUGAGUAAAAACUUGACAUGGCCAAAUGGAUUGGCAAUUGACUUUGAAAAGAAUCGGCUCUACUGGGCAGACGGUGGUACCAAAAGAAUCGAGUACUCUGACCUGAAUGGCAAAGGCCGAACCGUACUAAUCUCCACUGACUUGCCACAUCCCUUUGGUUUGGUGAUUUUCAAAAAUAAAAUAUUUUGGACCGAUUGGGACACGCAGAGUAUUCAUCAAGCAGAUAAAAACGACGGUUCUAAUCGGAGCGUGGUUAGAUCAGGAAUUUCCGGUCUCAUGGAUGUCAGAGUAUUUCACCGUCAUCGAAAGACUAUCAACACACCUUGCAAUAAGAACAAUGGCAAUUGUUCGCAUUUAUGUUUGCUGGCACCCGCUCCCCGGUUAUAUAAAUGCGCGUGUCCAACUGGUCUGGUUUUAGCGUCAAAUGGAGAGACGUGUCCUGAUAUGCCGAGUGAAUUCCUGGUAAUCGCUCACAGAGAAGACAUCAGAAUAAUAUCUUUCGACGUCAACUACGCCGUGGACAUAGUACUGCCAAUAGAGAAUCUAAAAAAUGCAAUCGGAGUGGAUGUUGACAGGCGAACUGGUGAUCUAUAUUGGACAGAUACCGCCGAUGAUCUCAUAAGGAAAGCAAGUUUUAAUGGAAGAAUUGUAAAAACGAUAAUCAACAAUGGAAUCGACAACGCUGACAGUUUGGUCGUAGAUUACAUAGGCCAAAAGAUAUACUGGACAGACGCUGGACUUAACAGCAUCGAAGUUGCUGAGCUCGAUGGUAUAAACAGAAAGGUUCUGAUUUGCUCAGGACUCGAAAGUCCUCGAGCUAUCGCUCUGCACUAUCCUGCUGGGCUUCUUUUCUGGUCUGAUUGGGGUCACAACGCCCGUAUAGAACGUGCCAAUAUGGACGGCGAACAGAGGAUGACCGUAAUAGCCGAUGACCUUAUCUGGCCGAAUGGUUUGUCAGUGGACCUAAUUGGGAAUAAAUUGUACUGGAAUGACGCUAAGAGAAGCGUGAUUGAAAGCGCCGAGCUUGAUGGUUCGAAUAGAAAGGUUCUUAUCCACGGUGUUCGACACCCUUAUGGGUUGACACUGACCAAGGACUUCGUUUACUGGAGCGACUGGCACACGAAAGCCCUACAUCGUGCGAAUAGAACGACGGGAUCUAACGAAACGAUAAUAUUAUCGAAAAUGGAGGGAAUCAUGGAUAUCCGCUCAGUCAGCAGUGAAGAUCUUUACAUCGCUGAGAACGUAUGCGAGAAAAAUAAUGGCGGAUGCUCGCAUCUGUGCCUUCGCAACCCGAAAGGUUACUCCUGCGCUUGUCCGACCGGGAUCCUUUUGAACGAGGAUAAAAAGACGUGCAAAUUGACCCCGACAAACUUCCUACUGUUCGCAACUAGGAAAACGCUCGCCAGGGUGUCGUUCGACACGCCAGAGAUGUGGGACGUGACUUUACCAAUCAGUGACAUUCACAAUGCAAUAUCCGUCGAUUUUCACUGGGAAAAACAAAUUAUAAUUUACUGCGACGUAAAUCUGGAUAUAAUUAGGAGUGUCAACAUCCAAAAUCUGUCCGACACUCGCGUAAUCAUAAACUCCAAUCUCACUACACCGUCGGGUUUGGCCGUUGACUGGGUCGCUAACAAUCUUUACUGGGCUGACACCACCAGGAAAGUGAUCGAAGUUGCCAGGCUGGAUGGCAGCAGUCGUAAAAGAGUCCUGGAAAAACUUGACGACCCAAGAGCGCUUACCGUCUUCCCGGCAAAAGGAUACAUGUACUGGACCGACUGGGGUGAACAUCCCAAAAUUGAAAGGUCGUAUCUGGACGGUUCGAGUAGGAAAGUAAUCAUUUCUUCGGACUUGGGCUUUCCAAAUGGGUUGGCUCUUGAUUACGAGAAAAAAAAGUUAUACUGGGCCGAUGCCUUGAAGGACCGAAUCGAGACGUCCGAUUUACACGGGCAAUACAGGGUCCAGCUGGUACCGGAAGCGACUCAUCCUUUCGGCUUGACGCAAUACGGGGAUCACAUCUACUGGACGGAUUGGUACAAGAAAGCAGUGGAACGAGCUGACAAGACGACUGGAAAAAAUCGAAUUGAGAUUCGAACUGCGCUGGACGGAGUAAUGGAGAUCAAAGUCGUCUCUGCCGCAAGACAAACCGGAUGGACUCCUUGCGCCGUGGAAAAUGGCGGCUGCAGUCAUUUGUGCUUCUUUACGCGAAAGAACUACGUCUGCGCUUGUCCGGACGUUAAGGAUUCCAAGCCUUGCUCGACGGUACCGAGCAGAGAAGUCCCGAUUAGAAAACCAGGGACAGAAAACGAUCCCCCGGAGGAGGAUGAUGACGAGCCAACCAUGUCGUCUGUCCCAACUCUUGUACCUCGGAAGCCGCAUCACGAUAUCACCGGGAGAUUCCCAAAACUUUCCCCUAGUAAUACAAAUUUCACAUUGAAAACGGUGGUAAUUACGAUAGUCGUGAUGGUCGUUAUGAUAAUCGUCAUUUUAAUCGCCAUCAUCCAUCUUCUGUGCCAACGCAAGACAAAACAGAAAAAAUACUUGUACACCGGAAGAAGUGUCCUUACUUUUUCCAAUCCAAACUACAACGCAUCAAGCGGCGACGUAGGCCCGAGCAAUUCGCAGCAAGACAAAAAAUCGUUCAUCUGGAAAAGACUGAAAUACGACAAGUCGCAGAAAGCUAACACAUCCAAAGUUGAAUGCCCAAUCAAACUGCAACAUUUGCCACUUCACUUUAUACAAAUGAAUGAAACAGAAACCACCUAGCGCCUAAGCUAUCCGCUACGUAGUAUUUUAUGCGCAACCUUCUAUGUUAGGUAAAUGCAAAAAAAAACAUAAAUUUUUCAUUCUAUUUCCAAAGUUUUCACCGUC